UUUCCACGAGUAAGAAAUGGCCGCAGGACUGAAGCGAAGCCGGAAGUGAGCGCGGAUUACACUCACAUUUCUUUCCUCGUCGGUGGUGAUGCUAACCAGAGAGCGACCUGCUUGGGAUGGAUUUAGAAGAAGCUUUUCUUGUUGUCGGCGAGUUUGGGCCCUAUCAGAAGCGGGCGGUGGCUGUCCUUGCUCUGACACAGGUGUACAUGGCCUGUCAGUCCAUGCUGAUUGUUCUGGUUGGCACUACACCAGCGUAUCAGAUUGAGCAGGAGGACGGGGUCCCAGCCAGCCAGCAGGAGCUUCCCCAGCGCGUCGUCUUUACAGAGGACAUCGACACCAUCGUGACGGAGUGGUUUCUCAUCAAGCAGCAGGCCUACAAGGUCAGUCUAGCUGGAUCUCUGUUCUUCGCCGGCCUUCUGGUGGGGAAUAUCGUCUUUGGGCCGCUCUCUGACAGGAUCGGCAGGAGACCUGUCUACCUGACAGGCCUGUUUUUUGAGGUGGUCUUUGGAUAUGUGACCGCCUUCGCGCCCAGCUAUGAGGUCUUUGCUGUGUCUCGUCUCCUGGUGGGGCUCAUGAACGGAGGCAUCGGCCUCGUCUGCUUCGUCCUCACUCAGGAGUAUGUGGGCAAGUCCUACUGGGCCAUGACUGGGACGUUGACCAGCGCCACUUUUGCUGUCGGCAUCGCCCUCUUUGGAGUUCUGGGCUACUUGAUCCAGCCGUGGAGGAUCCUGGCCACAGCGGCCAACUCGUCCGGUGUCUUGUUCUUCCUGCUGUCUGUCACUCUGCCAGAGUCCCCUCGCUGGCUGUUCUCUCAGGGUCAGACGGAUCGAGCUGAGGAGGUCCUGCGCUACAUGGCGCUGAGGAACGGCAAGGCCGCCAACAACCUGACACUACAACGCACCGCCGGCGCCAAAGCCAGUAAGCCCGAGAAGAGGGACGCAGGAGUCCUGCAGCUGGUCAUCCAUCCAGUCCUCCGUCCGAGGACCGUCGUGCUCAUGUAUAUCUGGUAUGCGUGCAGUCUGGUGUACUACGGGUUGACUCUGGGCGCCGGUGACAUGUCUGGUAGUCGUUAUGUGAACGUAGCCAUGUACGGCCUGGUGGAGCUGCCCGCUUACCCGCUCUGCGUCUAUUUCAUCAACAAGCACUGGGCUGGGAGGAGGAAAAGCAUGGCCAGCUUCCUGUGUCUGGCCGGCUCUGCCUGCCUCUGCACCAUGUUCAUCCCCGAAAACGCAGGAACCUUCCUGAACAUCACGUCGUUGGCGCUUGUGGGAAAACUGAUGGUUAGCGCAGCGUUCAACAUCGCCUACGUGUACACCUCUGAACUCUACCCUACAGUCAUCAGGAACGCUGGUUUAGGAGUUUGUUCCAUGUCAUGCAGGGUUGGAGGAAUCCUCGCGCCGUUCGUUCCCUCCAUGCGGGCUCUCCACACCUCCAUGCCCUUCACUGUGUUCUGUCUGAGUGGCCUGUCUGCAGGCUGCCUGGGCCUCCUGCUGCCCGAGACCCUCAACAAACCUGCAGCAGAAACUCUGGAGGAGCUGAGCAGCCCGAGUCGCAGCCGAGUGCUGGAGAGCAAGGCUCUUUUGUAUGAAGAUGACAAAUGGAAAUCAAGCCACAGGUGAGGCCAGCGGCCUCGUCUUCAUCUUCAUCAGCAGCUGGCGCCUCAUUCCUCAUGGGACUGCUGCCCCAAAAUGGUGAACUGUCCCUUUAAUUAACCUGAAGGACUGGACUCAGACUGUUGUGUCUGUGAACUCGUGACAUGGAGGCUGAGCGACGCUCUGCCUUCAGGAACAGGACGCUAUUGGCUGAUGAAGAUUCAUCCUGUCUGUAAUGCUCCAGGGAAGUGGGACGGUUGAUCCCCUGCUUGUAUUUCAUUUCCUGAAGACGGUCGUGGUGCUUGUGCCUUAGCUGGAGGCAGACUCUGGACAGAGACGUCACUUUCACUGUGUUUCAGAGAUGCUGGGGAUAAAGGACAGCCUCUGGAGCUUCCCUAAUGGAGUCAUGUGACUGCAGGUGAAUCCGUGAGGUGAAUCCUGCAGUCACGUGACCACACAUACUUACUUUAAACAUGUUAAUCUUCCUCCAACUGAAGUGACGUUAGAUUUGUAGGAGCUCGCUGGGCCGCGACUCUAGUGAUGUGACGGCAUCAAACGUUGUUGUUUGAUUGUCCACGUGACCACCAUCACAUCCCUCCUGGGAGGCUGAGUGCAGGGAAAAGCCAAGUGCCACUGUGCCUUUAAGAUGCUUUAUUUUGAUGAAAUUCACUUGGCUAUUUGAUGGGGUCUUAAAGGGUCAUUCUGAUGUUUCUAAACCCAUUGGGUUACUUCUUACAUAUCUUGGGCUUUGCCAUUUUUUGUGACAGAGUCAGGCACAUAAAUUGGGUGAAAAGGAAAAACUUUUACAAUCACGUUACAGAGAACUACCUUACAUCUGUGCUCACCUGCAUUGUGUCGUAAUGAUGACAGUUUGUAAGUUUUUCAUCAUCUGCUGUUUCUACCUGAACAGAAAACUAAGUGUUUCAUAGACAGACAGCUGAGCUGGUUUCUUUAUAGACCUGAAAGAUCUUGUUAUCCCACUUUAACCUCUUUACACCAACAUGAGAUGCUUGCAUCACAGAAACUGAGACAUUAAAGGGACAGUUUGUAAGAUUCGGACAGAUUUGUAGUUCAUAAAUAUGAACUGACAUCAUCAGCAGACUGUGAAGAAAAAACAGUGUUGAUGUCACGUCAGAGACGUCUGUGUAUUGUGAGGCGAUAGUCCGAAAGUACAUACACACCUGGCAGCUGAUCACUCAGCAUUACAACCUGAAGGUUAGCUUGGUGCUGAACUUUCGUGCCCCGUGAAGGUGGACGCUGUUGGACUUUCUGGGAGACCAACACAGUCGGACCCCCGGCUGUGGAUGAUCAUUAUUAUGAUUAUUUAUUUUCUCAGUCAA